UUUGCACAUCCACACACAUUUUCCCACCAUGUCUGCCGCAAAGGAUCGCUUGGCCAAGCAGCACCAGGAGAUUCUCACUGGACUGCUCAACGACGACGCCAACAAGAGCUGCGUCGACUGCCUCGCCAAAGGUCCGCGCUGGGCGUCGUGGAACCUCGGCGUCUUCCUCUGCAUCACCUGCGCCGGCAUCCACCGCAACCUGGGCGUGCACAUCUCACGCGUCAAGUCAGUGACGCUCGACUCGUGGACGCCAGAGCAGAUCGAGAGCAUGGUUCGUGGUGGCAACCGCCGCGUGAACGCAUACUACGAAGCAAACAUUCCGCACGGCUUCCGUCGUCCCCAGCAGGGCAGCGAGCUCGAGACAUUCAUCCGCGCAAAGUACGAGCGCAAAAACUUUAUCGACAAGACCUCCAGCGGCCCUUCAUCGGCCCCGCAGCAGCAGCAAGCCGCAGCAGCACAGCCCGCGCCUGCCCCGGCUGGCAACAACCGAUCUGCCGAGUCGCACCAUGGCCACCGUCACAGCCACGGCCACCACAACUACCGCGAGCACCCGCCAAAGAUCACGGCCCCGCCGUCGUCCAACCCCGUUACCAUUGCUGCUCCAGCGCCAGUCGCCGCUGCUGCAGCCUCGCGUCCCGCCAAGCCUGUCGAAAACGCCUUCGACUUGCUGUCCAUCGACGACGCCCCAGCUCAGAAGGCAUCCGCUGCUCCUGCAAGCAAUGGCAGCAGCGUCUUUGCAAACGGCUUUGGCCUCUCCGCCCCGUCCCCUGCUGCUGCUGCUGGCGGCAACCUUCCAUCGCAGAACUCGAGCAGCGUUGAUCUGUCCGGCCUGUUUGCCACCCCCUCGGCGUCUCCCGCUCCCGGAUCCGUUGGCGCAAAGGCGGUCGACAAGAGCUCCAUUCUUUCGUUGUACGGCACUCCUUCCCCUGUCGGUGGCGUCGCCGCUCCUUCGGCCGCCCAAGGCUUUGGCCAGCCAGCGCCCCAAGGCUAUGGCGCCCAGCCCGGCUACGGCCAGGGCUUCCCCGGCGCUCAACAAGGUGCGCCAAACGCGUUCGGCAUGCCCGGUCUGUACUCGUCGGGCGCUACUGGCGGUUUUGUGCAGCAGCCGCAACAGCAAGGCUUCAACCCCUUCCUGCAAGGCCAACCGCAGCAGGCCCAGGGCCAGUUUGGCCAACCUCAGCAGCACUUCCAGCCUCAGCAGCAGUUCCAGCCGCAGCAGCAGUUCCAGCAGCAGCAGCAACAGCAGCUGUACCAGCAACAGCAGCAGCAAAUGCUCAUGCAGCAACAGUAUUAUGCGCAACAGCAACAGCAGCAGCAAUAUGCUCAGCAGCAACAGCAACAGCAACUUCUCCACGUGCAGCGCGUGAGCCAGCAACAGCAACAACAGCGUGCCAACCCCAACUUGCUUUCCACCAGUCCCUCCAACGGCUCCACCUUGAACAGCUCGCUGUGGAAUUAAGCGACAACACAAAAUGCAAAAUGAAAAAAAAACCAAAGGAAUGUGAUGAUUGUUGUGGGAGUCAGUCUGCUUGGGUCGGAUGAACGUUCGGUUUCUUGUCAUGCGCGAAUAAUGAGUCUGGAAUUGUCUUUCUUUUUAUGAGUUUCGCAUUUUUCUCUUGUUAAGGUUUGAAAGCAAAGCGAAAAAAAUACAGUGAUAUUCCAACAAGUGCAACA